UCCAGAGGCCACGUAGUCCAGAGUUCCGACGGCGGCCAGUCGGGCACCAUUGCUCGCCGCGAAUUCCCCAUCCGAACCCCGACUCUGCUCCCUAUGGACCGCGUCCUCGUCUUCUCCCGUCGCCGCCGCCGCUGGAUCCUCUGCGCCGGCGCUGCCGCUGCCGCCUAUCUCAUAUACCACCACCCGUCCGUCGCCGCCCGCCGACGCCGCAUCUCCCGCCUCACCUCAGCUCUCUCGUCCCUUGCCGACGCCGUAGCCGCCGUCGCCGCAGACCUCGCCGCCUUCCUCCGAUCCGACUCCGACGUGCUACCCCCCACGCUCACGCAGCUCUCCAAGCUCGCGUCAUCCCCCGAGGCGUCCGCCUCCGCCUCCGCGCUCUCCGGCGCGCUCACCGCCGGCGUGCUCCGCGGCUACAACUCCGCCUCGGGUCCAGCGUCCGGGGCCGAGGUGCCGCUUUCCGACCGUCUUGUCGAGAAGCUCUUCUCCCCAGAAGGAGAGCGGCUCGUGUCAGCCGUGGCGGGCAGCUUCGGGCGCGACCUCGUGCUCGCCUUCUACUCGCUCCCAGCCGAUCCUUCGGAGUCAUCGCCGGCGAGCUGGGUCGACGUGGUCACCAGGGGGAGUUGCCGGAGGGCGAUCCGCAGCUGGGUCGAGGUCUUCACGGCCACCGCCGUGGGCGUCUUCAUAGACAAGACCAUCCACAUCAACACCUACGACCAGAUCUGCGCCGCCGCCACAAACCCCGCCUACGACGCCAGGCUACAAGAGCUUCUCGUUGCACUCUGCAGCGCUUCCAUCGAGACGCUGGUCAAGACCUCCCACGGCGUACUCUCAAAUACCAGUGGCAGCAGCAGUUCAAGUGGCAAUGGUGGGAGCAGGGAAGGAUGGACAGAGACGGUCUCCAGUGCGCUUGCUGUUCCUGGCAACCGGAAACUUGCGCUGGAUCUGACGGGCAGGGCGACGUUCGAGGCAGUGCGGUCGUUCCUCGAGUUUGUGCUGUGGAGGCUGCACGAUGGAGCAAAGGCUGGUGCUGAUGCAACUGUAAGGGCUGGGCUGUGUGCUUUGAGGUCUAUGAGCGAAAGAUCCAUGGUUAUCGCUGCCAUCUGCAUAGUAUUGUGCUUGUAUGUGUUGAACGGUACAUGGCUCCUUUCACCAGCUUAAGCCUGCUUCCAUCUCUUGGCAAGCAGUUUGUAUAUUUAUGUACAGCAAAUAGAGUAUAGAAUAUGCUGAAAUUGUAACUUCGGAAAUGGAGAGGAGCAACAGAAAGAG